AUGUUAUUAAAAGAGAAGUCAAAAGAGUUUGAAGGAUUGCAACACCUCGUACUUAGAGUUACAUGUGAAGAGAAACGAAAUGUAUAUGGUUUUCAUGGAAAUCGUAGUCUACCAUUUCUUCGUAUUACUUUGGCAUUGCCACGUUUAAUUGCACCAGCUAAACGUAUAUUAGACAAUGGUUUAUCAUUUGCUGAUUAUUCAUUACAGUCAUAUCCUGCUUUUGAAGCGAAUAUUGACUUUGAAAUACGUUUUAUGACUGAUACACAAAUGACUGGAUGUAGUUGGGUUGAAGCACCAGCACAGAAAUAUCAAUUGAGAGAUUCUACAAAGAAAUCGGAUGAUGUGAAAAAAUCCAUAAAUCAAAAAUCAAAUCAUUCUGUUAAUUCUUCAACGACCUCUACUACAAAUGGUUAUAGCAGUGUUACAAAAAAUGGUGUUAAUGAUCACUCGACAUUAUUAACUAGUCAAACAAGAUGUCAAAUUGAGUUUGAUAUAGCAUGGGAUGCUUUGAUUGUUCAUUCACCUGAAGGUCAAUGGAGUAAUAUCGCACCAUUACGUGUACUGAGUUUUGAUAUUGAAUGUGCCAGUCGUAAAGGUGUGUUCCCUGUACCCGAUAAAGAUCCAGUUAUACAGAUUGCUAAUAUGGUUACUAACUAUGGGGAAACAACACCGUUUAUACGUAAUGUAUUCACAUUGAAUACAUGUGCACCAAUUGUUGGUUCACAAGUUAUUUGCCAUCAAACGGAAGAAGAAAUGUUAGCUAAUUGGUCAGUGUUUGUGCGUGAAGUUGAUCCAGAUAUAAUCACUGGUUAUAAUAUACAAAAUUUCGAUCUACCUUAUCUUAUUAAUCGUGCUAACACCUUAAAAGUUGAUGGUUUUGAAUUUCUUGGUCGUAUACGUGGCGCACGUUCUACAAUACGGGAAGCUAUGACUCAAUCAAAACAAAUGGGUCGUAGAGAGAAUAAAUUUGUAAAUAUUGAUGGACGUGUACAGUUUGAUUUAUUACAGAUAUUAUUUCGUGAUUAUAAACUUCGAAGUUAUACAUUGAAUGCAGUGAGUUAUCAUUUUCUUGAAGAGCAAAAAGAAGAUGUACAUCAUAAUGUCAUUACUGACUUACAAAAUGGUGAUGCUCAAACACGAAGACGUUUAGCUGUUUAUUGUUUAAAAGAUGCUUAUUUACCAUUACGUUUAUUAGAUAAAUUAAUGUGUAUUGUAAAUAAUAUUGAAAUGGCUCGGGUUACUGGUGUACCAUUAACAUACCUACUUACACGGGUCAACAAGUCAAGGUUGUGUCUCAGUUAUUGCUCGCAGCAGGGUGAUGAAUUCGUCGGUGCAACAGUACUGGAACCACGCAAAGGUUUUUAUAAUGAACCGAUAGCCACAUUAGAUUUUGCUAGCCUAUAUCCAAGUAUAAUGAUGGCUCAUAAUCUAUGUUAUACAACUUUGUUACAAGUGAAUACAACACCACAUGGUUCAACGGGCGGUGGUAUUCAAGCACUUGUUCAACGUUAUAAUUUAACUGAUGAAGAUUACAUUAAAACACCGACUGGAGCGUAUUUUGUUAAAUCACAUAUCUGUCAUGGUAUUUUACCGGAAAUAUUACAACAGCUUUUAAGUGCCAGAAAAAAAGCUAAAGCUGAACUUGCUAAAGAAACUGAUCCAUUACGUAAACGUGUUUUAGAUGGACGUCAAUUAGCAUUAAAAAUUAGCGCUAAUUCUGUUUAUGGAUUUACUGGCGCACAAGUUGGUAAAUUGCCUUGUUUAGAAAUAUCUGCUUCUGUUACAUCAUUUGGACGUUUAAUGAUUGAACAAACAAAAUUACAUGUUGAAAGUAAAUUCAAUAUUGCUAAUGGUUAUAAACAUGAUGCUGUGGUUAUUUAUGGUGAUACAGAUUCAGUGAUGUGUAAAUUUGGCGUAUCCACAGUAACGGAAGCUAUGGAAUUAGGUCGUAAAGCUGCCGAAAUUAUAUCUGAAGAAUUUCCUAAACCAAUUCGAUUAGAAUUUGAAAAGGUGUAUUGUCCAUAUUUAUUAAUCAAUAAAAAACGUUAUGCUGGUUUGUAUUUUACAAAACCAGAUCGUCACGAUAAAAUGGAUUGUAAAGGUAUUGAAACUGUACGUCGUGAUAAUAGUCCAUUGGUGGCUAAUUUAAUCAAUGCCUGUUUAGAGCGUAUAUUGAUUGAUCGUGAUCCAAACGCAGCGAUUAGUUAUGCCCAAUCAGUGAUCUCUGAUUUAUUAUGCAAUCGUAUUGACAUUUCACAAUUAGUUAUUAGUAAAGAAUUAACAAAAACCGAUGAAGAAUACUCUGGUAAACAAGCUCAUGUAGAAUUAGCUGCAAAAAUGCGUAAACGUGAUCCAGGCUCAGCACCAAAUUUAGGCGAUCGUGUACCUUAUGUAAUUACUGCUGUAGGUGGGAAAAAUACAGCAGCUUAUGCAAAAGCUGAAGAUCCUCUUUAUGUAUUAGAGCAUAAUAUACCGAUUGAUACAAAGUAUUAUUUGGAGAAUCAAUUAGCUAACCCUUUACUACGUAUAUUUGAACCAAUUUUAGGUGAAGUGAAAGCAAAAUCUGUACUGUUAAAUGGCGAACAUACACGUGUAAAAGCUGUGGUACACUCAACUGUUGGACAAUUAUCAGCUUUUACAAAAGUACGUGCAUCAUGUAUUGGAUGUAGAACAUUAUUACCUGCUGAUAAAACAGACGCAGCUUUAUGUAAAUAUUGUGAAUCACGUGCAUCAGAAAUUUAUCAAAAAGAAAUUGUACAGUUAAAUUUAUUAGAGAAAAAAUUCACUUCUUUAUGGACAGAAUGUCAACGUUGUCAACAAAGUAUACAUGAAGAAGUUAUAUGUACCAGUCGAGAUUGUCCAAUUUUUUAUAUGCGAAUGAAAUCACGUAAAGAUGUCGAUGAAGCAUAUAAAACAAUUCAACGUUUUGGUAAUCCUAAUUGGUAA